AUGGCUUAUCUAUUCGCAGUCAUCAACAAGCGGCUUAUGGCCGGACGGGAACAUAUGGUCAAUAAUGGCCCCCUACCACCCUCAUCGAGCCUACAGCUAACAGAAGCUUUGACAGUUGACUACUUUGAAACCAUGAACAAUUUAUACCUUGUGACAGACCUUGCACUGGGCGGAGAGCUGUUCGAUCGCAUCUGCCGCAAGGGCUCCUACUACGAGUCUGACGCCGCCGACUUGAUUCGAGCAACUCUGUCUGCAGUUGCAUAUCUCCACGACCACGGCAUCGUGCAUAGAGACUUGAAACCAGAGAAUCUAUUAUUCAGAACACCAGAAGACAACGCCGACCUCUUGAUUGCGGAUUUUGGCUUGUCGAGGAUUAUGGACGAAGAACAAUUUCAUGUCUUGACCACGACAUGUGGCACACCAGGAUAUAUGGCGCCUGAGAUAUUCAAAAAGACAGGUCAUGGAAAACCUGUCGACAUCUGGGCGAUCGGUGUUAUCACAUACUUUCUCCUUUGCGGCUAUACUCCGUUCGACCGUGACUCAAACCUGGAAGAAAUGCAAGCCAUACUUGCCGCCGAUUACUCAUUCACGCCUGUCGAGUACUGGCGCAAUGUCUCCGACACUGCGAGAGACUUUAUCAAACGCUGCCUCACGAUCGAUCCGCACGCUCGCAUGACCGCACAUCAAGCUCUGCAACACCCUUGGAUCAAGCCCGACACCGACCCCACAUCUCCCGUCAAAGGGCCCGGAGACGGUCAAGACCUUUUACCAACGGUGAAGAAGAAUUUCAACGCGAGGAGAACACUCCAUAAGGCCAUCGACACUGUCCGUGCGAUCAACAAGCUGCGAGAGGGCGGCGGACUGAUGGCGGGCCACAUGGACGGUGCCAUGAGCGUGGACCCAAAACCCAAGCCCGAGAUGGUCAAUGGAAGCAAGGUCCUCAACGAUCAGGGCCAGCAGAUCCAAGGGGAGGAAGCGACGGGUGCGAAUGCCUCACAAGGCGACGCUGAUGCAAUGGAAAUCGAUUCCAGAGGGAAUGCCAGAGGCCAGACAGAGGACCAAAUCCGCCGCCAGCAGCAAAAGAUUAAUGACACGAUGUCGGGUCUGUGGGGAAAUCAGCAUGCAGCUCACGGCGACUAG